AUGUCUAAGCGUACUUUGUCCUCUUCUAUCUCUUCUCGUCAAACUCGGGCCUCUACUGCGGCCAUUCUUCCCAACGUCGAUCCCGAACUCCUCAUGCGUCAUACGAAAAGGAUGAGGAUCUCCUCUCAAGCUCCAGCCCCUUCUCAACCUCCAUUGGUUGAUGCUUCUCGUAGGGCUCUAGACACCAUUAAGGAUCGAUAUCAAUCCGGUCCUCCUCGCACUCAACAAUCGCCUCCCCUCGAUGACGCGAUCAUGGAGCAAUUCCUCGACUUCGAAGGUGGGGCAGGGCCAUCUGCCACUGGUGAGAACCCAUCUCCCGUCAAGUCCGUCGAAUCCGAACACGGUACCAUCGUCGAGAAUCAAAAUUCUCCUGGUAAUAAGUCCCCUGUGCCACCUUCUGACUAUUCUGAGGGGCUUGUCGAGGUUCCCCAUGAACUCGAAACCAUUUUUCACGCCCCUCGCAAGGGUCCGGUCAAUGAUGAACUUGCUAAGGCUCUGGACGCUCGAAAAGACUCGGAAAUUGGUGAGAAUCCUAUAGAAUUCUCUACUCUCUGGGCCCGCCUUUCUUUCUCCUCUGUUCGUCACGCUCUGUGUCACGGCCGUCGAGCAACUACUUCCUAA